AUGCUGGAUUCCGACCUCGUGUCCAAGCUGCUCAACGAAGUCAUCCAAGUGGUUGAAAAAGGCAAACCACUCCUUGACGAAGACCGGCCCAUGAUCCUCGGCACGAAGAACCGCGCCGAGCGAGUGCCACUUCUCGUCUCUGCCGUCCGCGAGGACCAGCGUUCAGUGUCGAUAGGCACCAUCACCUGA